AUGCUUUCAGUCUUCGGCGGGCGCGCGUUUAGGGAGAAGACGGGGGGGGCUCAUCCGCCCGCGGGAGAAGAUUCCAUCCGGACGAACAUCCCGCCGUCCGUGGAGGUCAGCCAGUCCGCGGCGAGCGGGGGAAUUAACGGCGUUUACGGCAACCGUGCGGAGGCGGUGAUGCGGGGGAUGAUUGGCCCGCAGGGCCACUCUGACGCCCGCGAGAGCCACGCCGUCCCUAUCCCCGGACGGGCCACCGUCGAGGGCACGCAAUACACCAUCCGGCGCUCCACCACCUUUGAGUCCUGGCAUCACGUGUGCGCGGCUCCGGUGGGGUGGUCUCUUUCGAAGCUCGGCGUGCGAACGUCAAAGAUGGCCCGCGACGUCACCGAGGCCGCCGACGCCCUCCAACUUCAAGUUAUCCGCGGCUGCAAUAUCUUCGAGAUCGACGGGGCGGCCUCGGAGCUUCAUCAGAACGUCGCGCGCGCCCUGCACGACGCGAUGGCCGCCUUCGAGCUUGACCGUGAGGGCUUUGUGAUGAUAGUUCGUGCCGGCAUCAUUCGCGAGCGGCCAGACCAGAUGAACGUCAACCGCGUCGAGGCCUCAAACACCGCCGCUGCGCGGGGCCGGAUCGUCCCCGUUUACGAGCGCUUUCGGGCGUCUUCGAUGCCUUCCGUGCAGCUUCGAACGGGGUUUCGCAUUUCGGAGUUGACAGACGACCAACUCGCGCGGCUCGGGCUUCGUCGGGUGAAACAAGGCAUCGCCGCCGGGGUCUCGCCGGACUGGAUCGAGGCCUACCUGACUAACGUCGCCCUCAACACCCGGCUGGAGUGCAUUGAUAUUUUUUUAUUGGAGGGCCUCCACACCCUCUUCGACGACCGCGACAACGCUCACAUUGAGGACGACAUCCUCCAGGUCUUCGCGUUUCUCGAAAAGCAGGUGCAGGUGGGGAAUUUGCAGUAUUACGGAAUCAGCUCCCCGCACCUCGCGCCGGAGGUCCCGCGGGUUUAUCCCGAACUCCCGCCGGACGCCCUCGUCCCAGAACAGUUACGCCACCCCCCGCGGCCGAUCCCGACGUUAAAUCUACGCCGUUUGGUCGACCUCGCUGUGCGCGUGGGCGGCCCAGGCCACCACUUCCGCUUUAUCGAAUAUCCGUUUAAUUUUACUCAUCAUCAGGCCCUUAGCACGCGGCUGGAUUACGAUCCCGAGCAUUCUCUCGUGAGCCUCGCGCGGGUCCUCGGGCUCACCGCGCUCGGGUACAGCCCUCUCGAAACAACCAAUUUGAUGGCCCUGCCAGAGCGCUAUCAUAAUUUCCCGAUGGAGUACGAUUUGAAGUCCGUCCGGAUGAACUACUUCACCGUCUGCGAACGCGCGGUGAUGAAAGAGAUGGAGGUCCGCGAGAUGUUGGAAAAGGGCCCGAAAACGCUCCCAACGAUGGAGGAGCUUUUCGUCGCCAGCGUCGUUUUGAACGCACAACGGCAGUUCACCAAUCUUUUCUUUUUCACAAAUUGUAUGAAUUAUAUUGUCAUCCCCCGAUUCCGCCGCGCGGUGACGCGUUUUAAAGAAGCCUCCUCGGCCGAGCUCAAGGAGUGGUGUAAGCAGUACGAGCAGCUCGUCGACGACAUGCUUAAGUUGCGAAGGCGGAUGUUUGAGCAUCAACAUGGGAGAAAAGCCGCUCAAAUCAACAUGGCGAUUGACCACUUCAGCCCCACCCUUGCUCAAUGCCCGAUGUUAAACCAAAAGGCAAUUAACUUUGCGACCCACGGCUGUGAUGCCCUUCUUUCCGGAUUUCACAUUUCGCGAUAUUUUCACGAGGCCACAGAGCUCAAUCCAGCAAAAAAUGGCGCUUUGGUCAUUCCGCCGGACGAAAUCAAGGCGUUGUGCGGCGCCGAGGAGAUUUCCUUCGCGAGCGCCUCGCCGCCGCAUCCUUAUAUGAUGGAGGCGAUUUUAAUCCACGGGAAGUUAUCCAAACAAAAGAGCAAAGCGAUGGAUAUGGUUGUCGAGAUCGAUCCAAAAAAUCCAAAGUUUCCGGAUAUCCCAGAGGAAUUGGACGAAUCCGCAGAGGACAACAACGAUGAAGAGGAAACGGAUAAGUAA